AUGGGGAAGAACGAAGCUGCUAGUAACAACACUACACCAACUCAGGGAACAAUAUCGCCUGGUGGUCAAGGGGGCAAGGGCACUCCACCCUUCCCACCGAACAAGAAGGCAACAUUCCACAACGUUUCCGCCACAGGUCUCGAGUUGGUGGCUCUCCCAAACUUCUUGCACAGCAACAGCACGCUAUCCGAAGCAUCAGAGACGUCCAGCUUGGGCCCAGCUCCUUCCUUGAAUCUCAAGAUGAGACGUUCUGAAUCCUGCCCUAACGAUAUUGCCAGAACGCAACUGUUCCCACAUGAUGACUGA